GUACACGCAGGUAGUUUCGACACUUCUCUUGUGCUGUCCAGUCUGAUGUUACUCUCUUCUUUGGAAAUUUCAUCAAGAGGGCUGGGAAAUGAGGCAGGAAAAGGGAAACAUAAAAGGAUAUUACAACCGCUGCUGAAUCACAAACUAAGUCUGACUGCAUCAUCCUAACUGACAACAUUUUGGACUAGUCACUCCAGCACCACGGCUGCACUUCACUCCUGAAAAAACAGUGAUUCUGAGCAGCUUCUAUUGCACUGCAAAUUCUCUAUAGGCUUCCCCCUCUGCCUGUAUGUGUGACUGAGACCAUGACUGCAUCCCAAACUUUCUGAGAGAGCUCUUUGACAAAAGAUGCAACCAGAGGAUCCUCCCGCAGCACCACCUCCUCCACCUCCACCUCCACCACCACCACCACCACCACCUCCACCUCCACCACCUCCAGCCCCUGGCCUUCCACCACCCUUGCAUGGCCUGGGCCUCACUGCAAAGGGGGCGCGCUCCAGGAUGCGCAAUUUCAACUGGGAAACUCUUCCCAAACACUGUGUUAUAGGAAAACACAACAUCUGGACAUCAGAUAAGAUUGAUGGGGAAUAUGAGCUGGACACUGAUCACAUGGAGGAACUGUUCAGCCAUAAGCAGGGCCAGCAACAACUCAAGGCCCUGAACCGCCAUAGUCUGAGGGGCCUGCCAACUGCUGCCUCAGGAGGGGAAAUGGUUUCCAUCCUCAGCUCCAAGAGGAGCAUGAACAUUGGAAUUUUCCUAAAGCAAUUCAAGCGGCCUGUAAACAACAUGAUUGAAGAAAUUAAAUCAGGAAGUAGUCUCAGUUUUGGUACUGGAAAACUGCGGGAGCUGUGCAAGCUGCUGCCAGAUGAAGGGGAGGUGAGGCAGCUAGUCAGUUUUAAGGGUGACCAAUCCACUCUCCCAGAAGCAGAUCUGUUUAUGCUAAUGCUGGUCAAGAUUCCCAGUUAUGAAGAGCGUCUCAGCAGCUUGGUGCUCAAAGAGGAAUUCUUCCCCCUCGUGGAUGAAAUGAAAGGAUUCAUUGGCACUAUGACAGCUGCUGGAAAGGAGCUAUUGGAGUCUGAUCAUCUCCAUUCUGUCAUUCGCCUGGUACUGAAGACUGGAAAUUACAUGAAUGCUGGUGGCUAUGCAGGCAGUGCAGUUGGCUUCCGAAUGGCUUCUCUGUUGAAGUUAGCUGACACCAAGGCAAACAAACCUGGAAUGAAUCUUAUGCAUUAUGUUGUGAUGCAAGCUAAUAAGGCAGAUGUGGCCCUACUUGAAUUUCCAGAACAACUCAAACACAUUGAACCUGCAGCCAGGAUAAAUAAAGGUGACGUUGAAGCAGAGUUUGGAAGAUUGGUAAAGAAAGUACAAGAUGCCAGGGCUGACACCUUGAAGCAGGAAGACCUAAAGGCACAAAUGGAGGAUUUCCUAAAGGAGGCUGAGGUCUGCUUGGCAGAAAUAGAAACUGAUCUUCAAGAAUUGCAGUCAGUGAGUGACUCUGUGGCAGAAUACUUCUGUGAAGACCCAAGCAAGUUCAAACUGGAGGAAUGUUGCUCCAUUUUUAAAUCCUUCUGUGAAAAAUUUCUGCGGGCUAUGCAGGAAAACAAGGCUCGGGAGAUGGCAGAGGUGAAGCGGAGACACAGAGAUAGAUUACAGAGCGCUGCCAAGCGCAGGUCCACUGCCACCUGCUCCAGUAGAGACAAGGAAAUGGAUGGUAUUGCAUUAGAGUCUGUACUACAGAGGUUCCUCACCAAUCGUGUCUCUCGGAGGAGAGCUGGAAGGCCCUUGUCCACUCAUGGGAGCCCCACAAAUGGCAGCCCAAACAAUGGGAGUUUAUCAGAAAUUACCUCGCAGGCAAACCUCCCCAUUGGAAAUAAAAAGAGAGGUGGCUCAUUUAGAUUUAAGGAGUUGGGCAGAAAAGAGUGGAAUUCAGCAGUUGAACUCACAGAGAACUCUUCACAAAACAAAACACAAUCAGAUGGUGAGGAUAACAAGGCAAAAGGUGGAAAUUCUGAUGAAGAAGAGAUGAAAACGUCCAGAAAGGAGGACUCUAGAGGAUUUACAGAACCAGCCAAAAGGCCCACCAGCAUUUCCACCUCAGUCAGAUCUUUCUCAGCCACCACUGAUGAGGAGGACAUACAGGACAAUAAUGAAGAAGAGGCCCAAAAGUUGCGUGAAGCAUCUAAAAAAGUGUUGCGCUUUCAGAACAGUCGUGGCAGUGUCUCAUCAGGGGACUAUUCUCUGGAAAAUCUGAAAUCUCCUGGUCCAACUACCACCUUGCCUCGUCAGCGCACCUUUGAUGAGGAGACAGAGAGGUAUCCUGGAGACCCAACCAAUGAAGAUUUGGUUAGAUUUUUGCUCAAUCCUCCAUCCAACCCAAAACGUAACCUUGGCCGCCGCCAUACUCUGCCUACCAAAGUCCCUAAAACUGAGGAAGAGGAAGAUAAUCUGUGGAAUGAGUCUCCAAUCAGAACUCCUAAUCCUGUGGCAAAAGACAAAGGGAUGCUGCCAGCAGAGGGUGCUGAGCACAAUCCCUCAAAACAAGUGUUUGAUUUUACUGACACGUCUCGCAACUUUAAAAAAUCAGGUGCUCAUGACCAGAAUUCCCCAUCAGCAGAAAAGAAAAGCAAGCCAAAUGUUUCUUCAGCCCAUGUUCCAGAUGAAGGGCUAAGGGAGCAAAACCAAGAGGACAAUUCAAUGGAGCCCACAGGCAACCACUUACAGAGGAACAGUGAAAAUGUUCCCCAUAAGAGUGCGUGGAUGAAGACUGAGACUUCUGGACUAUUUUUUAGCUUUUUAAAACGCCUUGGAGAUAUGAGCAAACUGCAGAACAGCAAGGAAACUGUUCAUAAGGGCACCUGGUUCUGGUGUAUAGAGUUUGAAAGAUAUCAAAUUUAAAGUCCAGGGAAGCUCAUGUAAUUUUAGUGUUACAUGUAAUGAACUCAUCAUAGUGACGCUGUAGUGCUAUCUGUAAUGUUACUUUUGUAAAUUGAUGGGUUAAAGGUUGUAAAGAGACAGAGGGUUUUCUGAAUGUGGUUGGAGAGUGUUUUUGCUCAGGAGAGGAAAUUCUGUAUAUUGUACCACUAGAUGGCAGAAUGUAACAGUAACAUAAAUAAACUGUUGGUUCAGAAAGUAGGGGUGUUGAUUUCCAGGCAAUGUGUAUAUUGUUAAGUAAACAAAAGAAUGCUAGGCACACUCACUGUAAAACAUUUUAUCACAGCUUUUUUCCAUGCAUUUUAACAGUUGGAUAAAAGAGUUAAUACUUACAGUGUGUCUUAAAAUAUUCAACUAAUGUUGAGUGGGAUGGUAAGAGAUAAUAGAGAAAUCAAACUGUUUGAUUGUUAUUUUUGAUACUUUGAUAAAUGACUACUUGUACUGUAUGUUUGAAUACAACAUUGUUAUUUUCAGUUUUAAAAUUAUAACUUAUCUUUGUUUUUUUCCUCUUUGUUAUCCUCUUCUGUUGUUUUCACAGAAGCACAUGAAAAAUGCAGACAGUUGUGGAUGCUUUCAGAGUCUUACUCAAUUCAACCAUUGUUUCCAUUUUAAAUGGGUCAGUGUUACAAAGGCAGCCUGUACAUGAGCAUAGCAGAAUCAUGGACUGUCUGUGACAAAGCGAAGGGUUCUAAUCUCAAAUUAGUCAAAGGGCAAACACCUGGUGGCCUGUUACGAUGGAAGGUACCAGCCUGCCCAUAUUUACACCUAUAACUAUGACCUAACAAUGACCUUCUGUUUAAGUUGUGUUCUCAUUUAAACACAAACUGGUAUAAUUCA